AUGACAAUUGAGCGCUUUCUAAAGCAACAUGGUUCUCUUCAAUUAAGAAGGUACAGUUACUCUGAGAUAAAGAAAGUCACUGAUUGUUUCAAAGUCAAAUUAGGAGAGGGAGGAUAUGGGAGCGUAUAUAAAGGAAAGCUACAAGAUGGGAGUCUUGUUGCAGUCAAGCUUUUAAGUAAACUUGAAGGAACUGGGGAGGAAUUCAUCAAUGAAAUUGCAAGCAUUAGCAGGACAUCUCAUGUUAACGUUGUCACUCUUGUGGGGUUUUGUUUCCAAGGUUCAAAACGAGCUCUAAUUUAUGAACUCAUGCCUAAUGGAUCCCUCGAGAAGUUCAUAUAUGAAGAAAACUCCAUGUUAGUUGGUCGGCAAUUGGAUUGCAAAACUUUGUAUGACAUUGUCAAUGGUGUUGCUCGUGGACUAGACUAUUUGCACAGAGGCUGCAAUACUAGAAUUUUGCAUUUUGACAUAAAACCUCAUAACAUUCUCUUAGAUGAGAAUUUCAGCCCCAAGAUUUCAGAUUUUGGACUUGCAAAAAUUUGCACAAGAAAAGAAAAGGUAUUUUCUAGGAAUUUUGGUGCAGUAUCACAUAAGUCAGAUGUUUACAGUUAUGGAAUGAUGGUCUUAGAUAUGGUCGGGAUGAGAAAAAAUAUUAAUGCUCAAGUUGACCGUUCCAGUGAAAUAUAUUUUCCUCGUUGGAUUUACAAUCGUCUUGAAUCAAAUCAGGAGCUUGGUCUUCGGAAUAUAAGAAAUGAAAGUGAUGACGAAAAGGUGAGGAAGAUGACAAUAGUGGGCUUAUGGUGCAUACAGACAGACCCUUCAACUCGACCAGCCAUGAGUAAAGUGGUGGAAAUGCUAGAAGGUAGCGUUGAGCUGCUGCAAAUACCACCCAAACCUUUUUUGUGGUCUCCUUCAACGUCCCCAGUCCAUUUGUCAUGUGAGACAUUCUAG